AUGGCCGCGCUUGGUGAGAUGGCUUCUUGGCUCCCUAUCUCGUCGGACUUUACUGGAUAUACUGCGAGAUUCUGCGACUCUUCUCUCGGUUUUGCUCUUGCGCCAUUUGGAAUAUGGGGUUCAUACGGAGCUCUAUUCAUAUGUAUCUUGAUCGCCUUGACCAAGAACUAUGAUGUGUUUGUUGGAGGAGGUUUUGGUACAAAGAAGUACAAGACCUUCAUAACUGGUUACAUUGGCGUUCCCAUCUACUUGGCGCUCAUAUUUGGGCACAAGACUAUAACGAAAAGUCGCCGUCCCAAGGCUUACGAAGUUGAUUUGUAUACUGGGAAGGACGCUAUAGAUCGCGAGGAGGAAGCUUUCCUGGCUCACCAAGCCGCGCAAAGGGAAGUUGAGGGUACUCGCUCCAAAGGCCGUCUCUACAAGAAUUUCAUUUCAUGGCUCUUCUGA